AUGUCAUCACCGUCGUCUAUCCCACCGCCAACCGGCACCUCCAAAACGCACUUCCCGUCCGACUCCUCGCUUCCCGGCGAGCGUUUCGAAGUGCGGCAGACGCAUCCCACGGGGGACUACACGCCGAUCCCGUCGAAAUCGUUCCCGCUGUCGGCGGCGCGGCAGGCGCUCGUCGAGGACAUCAUCGCGCUGUACGAGAUGAAGCCGACGGUGUCGCGCGUGCGGCGGUACGCGCCGGAUUGCGUGUACAACGACCAGUUCGUGUACGCGGACGACCGGUACAAGAUGGCGGGGCAGUGGUUCGCGCUGCCGAAGCUGUUUCGGAGCGCCGAGAGUCGCGGGUACCAGGUCGUGACGAACGAUCGGGAUUUGAUUCAGUUUAGACACGAAGAGGCUUGGACGUUUAAGAUCAUACCGAAGACGGCGGUCAUCAAUGCUCUUGUUAGCUUGUCAUUGGAUCCGGCCACCAUUGAUAGCGACUUCAUUCGCGUCAAGUACCACAAAGACCAGGCGAAUGACAAAGAUUACUCGAAUGAGGGACUGGGAGCGACAUUUAAGAAGUGGCAGGCUGAUAAUGUUGUCAAGUAUAUGGAUAGUCCGGAAGUAAAGGAGUUUGAAGCUGAUAAGGGAUCUGGUAAGGAACCGCGCCCGACGUAUGGUAGCGGUGGUAAGGAAGGGGAUGCUCCUGUUAAAGAUCUGUGA